CGAGAAAUGGCAGGGCAACUAGUUUCGGUAUUGAGGAUGUUUGACUUGAGCGCGUCUUUCGAAAACAAGCAAUAUUGCUCUUAGAUGAACCAUACGUGAAGCCUUGUGACGCUUGAAUCUCUUUGGACGUCUAAUCUUGCUUUCCGACAACGAGACAAGGCGUUGUAGUCAUCACGGAGCAUAGUUUAUUCAUCCAUGCACAGUAUCUGUGAUAUCGGUGUCUACCAUGACAGCAAAGGAGCGCAUCCCUGCAACAACACGCUGUGACUUUCACUGAAAAUCUAGGCAAUUGUGCUGUGUGAGGGGUUCAACAUGUGUGACAAGCCUGGGUGUGUCGUUGACUCCAGCGAGUCUAGUGAAUCUGAUGAAGAACAAAAGCAAACUGACAACAAAUGUCUAGUAAUGCUCAAUCCAGAUCACAGAGUUCCCGAGUCUCAGAUAACGGAUGGGAUGAUCUCUACGUUGACUGUUGCCUGCAGUGCUUGUGGUCACCAGAUAAACCACCACAAGCGAAACAAGGUCUACAUGCACAAGGAUCUGAACGCCAUUGUUUGCAAGAAAUGCUAUAGUUACUACGGAGAUGGCAAGUUCGACAAGGAUGGCACGGGUUCUGAUGAGUACUGCACUUGGUGUGCAGAGGGUGGGAAGCUCCUGGUCUGUGACCAGUGUGGCCGUGCCUUUUGCAAAGAGUGCAUCCGCCGGAACCUUUCACGGCGUGAAAUCAGUCGAAUUAUGACACUCGACGUGUGGCUGUGCUACGUCUGCGACCCCAAGCAAAUAGCCGAGCUGGUCCGCUACGCUAAGAUCAUUCAGGAAUACUCCAAGAAAGCAGAGCUAGGGCACCGUGCUUCUUGUCCGCAAGUGCUUGAUGUCAGCGUAGAGGACGAGGAGAACGUUGAGGAGACCCUCUGUGAUAUUGCCCAGAAGCUACGUCUCAUGGCAGACAUCAUGGAGUCGGACCUGAAGAAGAAUUCCAAGACUGUAAUGAAACGUGCAAGUUCGUUGUUGAGGGAACACUUGAAGAGCGUUUCGAGAGUAGCGAAGGAAGUGGAUACGAUCACUAAGCAGCGUGAACACUCGAAGGCACACAGAGGGAAGGAGACAGUGAAGAAACUGGGACGACCCGGAGCCGGCUCAGCAGACGGCGAGCCGGACCUCAGUGCCGGACCUCACGUCCUUGACAGCGACACAAACUCUCCUGUCAGUGGGUCUGUGAGACCAGACCAUACGUAUCAGAAGCACCUCUUGGCUUCAAACAAGCAGAAACCGCCAGUGCUUCCCCAGACCUUGGAGCACGACGGACCACAUAAUGCAUUUAACGGGGAGAAAGAAAACGAGAGAGAGGAAGUGUCCGAUAAAGAUGCGGACAACAACGCUGAAAUGGGUGAGGAGAAAAGAGAGGUGCGCGAGAAGAAGGAAAGCGAGGGAGUCGAAACGAAAGAGCAAACCGCCACCACAAGCGAUCUCGAGAAAAAUGUUGCCGUCUGCAACGAAGACAAGGACUUGCCAAAGGAUCAAGAUGAAGACAAUGAGCAGGGCCCAGUUAGAAGCGGGGAAGAAACAUUAGAAGCACAAGACCCAGCUGGGUGUGGGACUGAAGAGUUUAGUCUCACCGUAGAUUGCCCAAAAGACGAAGAAGGUACAUGCAACACAAUGGUUCCCGAGUCGCAGGAACCGUCUGCAGACGACGUGGCCAACAGCAAAAUUGAAGACCCCUCACCGAGCCUCCUUUGUGAUCUUCAGGAUAGUCAACUUUCAGAUAUUGCCGCUGCGCAUGCUCCUCCCGAAAAGGACAGUGCUGCCACGGUUGAGGAAAACGUGGAGCCAGAGCGUGCACAGCGUGCACAGUCACACGACUGUGAGCAAGAAGGGAGGAAGACCGAAAUCCGAGGAGAAGACGCAAACAAAAACGCGCAUGCUGAGGACAGCAGCUCGCUCUCUGACAAUGAGGGGGGCGCCGGUGUUGCGGAAACCGAGAGCCUGAAAGGUAAUUCCGAAAGCGACUCUCCAAAGUCUACCAGGGAUACUCCAGUAAAGCGAUCGACCCGCAAACGAGCACCGCUGAGCGAAAAUGAGAAAGCUAGACGUGCACUACAACGUAGUCUUCGCAAAUUCUCUAGCGAUUCAAGUAGCGACGAUGACGCGCAAGACUCAAAGUUGAAGUUGUCUCCUCGUAUUUGUAAGACUACCCUGCCAAAACGGGGUAGGCGGCCCCCAUUGAUGGAAUCUACACCGAAAAAGACUACGGCAAAGAGUAGUUCUGAUCAAGAAAGAGCGGUGCACAGUAAUGAAAGCAGUGAGGACCCAAAGUUGAAGAUGAAGCCCGUGGUGUUGCUGGACAUGUUGAACCUCAACUUGGGUAACACUGGAUAUCCGGAUGCAAUUAAAAGGAAGAACAGUGAGGAUGAGAUCGCAAGUUUGUUGAGGAUGCCAGGGAAAGUGAAAACAAAUUUGCGAGGGCUAGAUGAUGCAGGAUCUGAGCAAGAGAAGAAACCAGCUGCAAAGAGAGCGAAGAAAGAAAAGUUAAAAGAAAAAGCUGUUUUAGAUGCCAGCGAAAGCGGUUCGAGCGUGGAAUCUUCUGAUAACGACGAAGAACAGAAAUCUGUGGCCCAUGACAGCAAGGAAACUCGAAAGUCAAACAAUGAAUUGUCAAAGGAGGCACUUCUUCAAAGCAUCUUGCAAAGUUCGAGUGAAAGCAUCAGCGAAGAUGAAGAUGCUGCACCUGCUACAAAGAAGGCUUCGAAAAAGACAAAGUGCGCCCCGGAAAAUGGUACAGAAAGUGGCGAAGAAAUGCGAGAAAUCAAAGAAGACAACAGCACUCGUGAAGGGAGUCAACGCGGUGGUAGUGAUGAUGAUGAUGAUGACGACGACGACGAUGUUCUAGACGAUGAUGGGGAAGUUAUAAAAAAGAAAAGCAAGAAGUGGAAGAAGUAUGAGAAGUUGUUGAAGAAGAAGACUGCUGUAGGAAGUAGUGAUGAAGAUGGCAUCAAGAGAACAAAAGCAAGCGAGGAACAUUCCAACUCAAAGAAAAAAGCAUCUCCAAAGAAACGAAAGCUGAAGUUCAGUGACGAGGAAGAUUCAGCUUCAGGUGUUGCAAAAAAAGCGGAGUCUUCCGAGGAGAGCUCCGACGAUAGCAGCAUCUUCAGCAGCAGCUCUGACUCGUUGUUAGAUUUCCGAGCUCCAAAGAAGAAAGGUACUCGUAAAGGCAGAGGCAAAAGGAAGAACGAAAAGAGGUCAACGUCAGACUCGGAAUCUGAAAAACCAAAAAAGAAACGGAAGCGAAUCAAAGUGGCUGCUUCGUCGUCUGGAAACGAUGACGAUGACGAUGAUGUGGAAAUUCUGAACGUGAGCCAGAAUAGCGACACAAAAGGGCGCAAGAAUAUCCGCAAACUUCUCACCGAUGGUGAACUUACGAAACAAACCAAAAUAGCAGCGCAGGCAGAGGAAGAACGGAAGAAACGUAUCCGGGAACGACAGAAAUUGUACAAUGACGUAAUGGGCAGUGCUCCUGACAAAGGUGACACUGUAGUCAAUGAACUCAUCCUUGAAAUUGACUCGAAAACUAAAACGCCAAUUGUUAGCGUCAACCCCUUGUUGGUAAAGUGCAUGAAACCACAUCAGACGAAAGGUGUGAAGUUCAUGUACGACUGCACCAUAGAGACGGUUGAGAUGCUAGCCAAGGAUAAGAAGGGCGCUGGAGCCAUCCUGGCUCAUUGCAUGGGACUUGGAAAAACUUUCCAAGUUAUUUCCUUCCUGCACACUGUUUUGACCAAUGAAAAAACAAAGAAGCACUUAUCUACUGCCCUAGUUGUGUGCCCCUACAACACCAUUUUGAACUGGGUCGAGGAAUUUGAACGAUGGCUAGAGGACAGAGGCAUCGAGAUCCCUGUCCGUGAAAUCUCGAGCAUAAAAGACAACUAUAUGCGCGUAGACGUUCUAGACGACUGGCAGGACGAAGGCGGGGUUUUGGUCCUGGGCUAUGACAUGUUUCGAUUACUGGUCAACGGAAGAGGGAGGCGCUUUCCAGCUAAGCUUCGUGAUCGCAUCGAGAGAGCCUUACUUGACCCAGGACCCGACAUUGCGGUCUGCGACGAAGGUCACGUCUUGAAGAACGAUUCCAGCAAUCUGUCGAAAGCAAUGUGCCGUAUGAGAACCAACCGGAGGAUUGUGCUCACUGGAACACCUCUGCAGAACAACUUACAAGAAUAUCAUUGCAUGGUGAAUUUUGUGAAGCCCAACCUUCUUGGUACAAAGAAAGAGUUCCUCAACCGGUUUGUGAACCCGAUUAAGAAUGGGCAGUGUGCAGACUCGACGUCGAUGGACGUGAAGCUGAUGAAAAAACGAGUACACAUCUUGCACUCGCUGCUCGACGGCUGUGUACAACGAUGUGACUAUGGUGCCCUGGCUCGAUUCUUGCCGCCAAAACAUGAGUAUGUAAUAAGCGUCAAGCUAUCUGAGCAGCAGGUGGCGUUGUACCGCCACUACCUGGACAACUUUGCUCGCAACAAACAAACGCGUACCCUCGGGGCAGGCAUGCUUUGCGACUACAAUGCCCUGCGCAAUGUCUGGACCCAUCCUUACCUCCUGGAAGUGAGUGCUGCUCGUGCAGCCCUGAAAGAAAUGAACAAUGAGGAUGAUGAAGAAGAUGAUGAUUUCAUCAACGAUGAUUCAUCCGCGGAUGAAGCAGAUGCUAAAGACGAUGAAAUUGUAUGUCUGGACGAUCCCCAGCCUUCUUCUAGCAAGAAAGAUGACAAGAAAUCUGGAGAUGAAAGCAGUGGGGAUGAAAUCGUGAAGUCUUGGCACACAAGAAGUAGAGGAACUGUUGGUGAAGAUGCAGAAGCCAGGGACCUGAAACAAGAACAAGAGCGCCGUGAAAAGGAGAAACAAUGGUGGAGUCAAUACGUGCCAGAGGAAGACAUGGAAAGAUAUGAGAUCAGUGGGAAGAUGCUGCUGCUCUGCCAUAUUCUACAAGAGUGCGAGGCCAUUGGUGACAAAGUACUUCUAUUCAGCCAAAGCCUGACGACCCUGGACAUGGUUGAACAAAUGCUCCGACAGUUUGAGGAGAGGGCCGAAGCGGCCGCUGCGGACCCCACGGCAAUAAUAAGCGUAAACGACGCCCUGCGCGACUGCCAGAACACGUGGACCCUGGGCGUGGACUACUUCCGCAUGGACGGGUCGACGGCCGCGGACCUGCGGAAGCGUUGGAUCGAGAUGUUCAACUGCGAGGACGACCAGCGGGCUCGCCUCUUCCUCAUCUCGACGCGCGCGGGUUCGCUGGGGACAAACCUGGUGGGGGCGAACCGUGUGAUCCUGAUGGACGCCUCCUGGAACCCAACUCACGACGUCCAGUCCAUCUUCAGGGUGUACCGGUUUGGACAGAAGAAGCCCGUGUUCAUCUACCGUCUGCUGGCACACGGUACAAUGGAGGAGAAGAUUUACGACCGUCAAGUGACGAAGCAGUCACUGUCUUGUCGUGUCAUAGACGAACAGCAGAUCGAGCGCCAUUUCAACGCCGCAGACUUGCAGGAACUGUACACCUUCGAUCCAGAAAGCAAAAGCAAUCGCCCCACACCAAUGGUGCCAAAGGAUCGACUGCUGGCAGAACUGCUCAUCAGAGGGAAAGAAUGGAUUGUGUCGUACCACGAGCACGAUUCUUUGCUGCAGAACAUUACAGAGGAAGACCUGACAGAGGAAGAACGCAAGACGGCGUGGGAAGAAUACAAUGCGGAGAGGGAGGGCCGCAUCAAGAUGAAUAUGGAGAAUGCGACUAUGAAUCAACAAGCUCCGCAGAAUGCUGGCGGAGGUCCAAGGCCACUUACACUGGACUUGAACAAGAUCAUUCGAGACAUUCGCCAAAAGAAUCCCAAUAUCACAUCGGAUCAGUUGGCUCUCAGUUUGAGGAAUGCCCUCGGGGCAUACAGGCAGCAGUUUAGGAAGCAGCAGAUGGAUGCAUUCAACCAAAGAACAGCCUACCAAAAGGCAAAGCAGCCGGUACCUCAGGAAGUGAACGAUCGACUUGGCCAGGCAAGUAUGGCCAUUCAGCAGCUCAACAAUCUCCUGAUGCAGCUUGAGCAGUCUAUAAACAAUGCACGGGUUGGAGCGGCCACGUAUCAUCCGUCCGCUAGGAUGCCCAAUGCAAAUUUCGGGGGCCAGCAGUACGCGCCCAGGUACACAGCAGCACAACAGUUUGCAAGGAUGCAGCAGUCUGCCUGGGUCAGAGCGAACGCACGAUACGCACAGCAGUGCAACUCUGCGUUUCGUCCGUCAGCAACAGCACCCAUUGUUUGCGAGGCAGACGAUGGCACACCAAAUCUACAGAGGCCGGCGCAGCGCCCAUCCACUUCGUCCGUUACCAUCACGGAGAUUAUUGAUUGAAGCCACCAAGUUUGUGCGUGAAGCACCAGGUCUCACUGACGGUGCUUGAGAUGGGCAUUUUAGUUUAUUUCCCAAUUCUAUCUGGGUACAUUGAAAGUUCUGAUUUGUACUGUUCUGAAACGGGAAGUUGGUUGCUGACAGAACCUGAACUUUUGAAACCCAGACCAAAGAGACCCUUGACGCUUGGACUGUGUUCAUAAUGUUGAAGUAAUAUAAUGCAGAACGUAGGGAAACUUGCUUCGGGGUGCUGUGUAUGGGUGACUUUUUUCUUUCCUUCUUUCUUUCUUUCUUUCUUUCUUUUUUAAUGGGUAUGAAAAAAAAGUUUCUGGUAUCUCAGUUACCCAUGAGACAUUUUUAAAAGCAUGGUCCCUACUUACACAGCACUGCUCCUUCUGGAUCAAAAGCUUCUUCAGUUAGGUGUACAUAUCCUUCAAGUUUUAUCCCCUUUGUGUGCAUGGGGUAUUAUACGCAUUUUGCAUGCCUGUACCUUCUACUUGAUAUACUGAGGAGCUAGGAGGUGGCUUUGUUUACUGUAAACAAGAGUACCAUUACCCUUGAAGUGCAUCUUGUUUGCGCAUCCUGUAAUAUUUUAUGUUGUGAGAGCAACGCUAGAAUACUGUGUCAUGCUCUUCUUUUAAAGUGCAUCACUCGAAUUGUCAGUGAUAUAACAGGAUUUCAUUCACUGCAUAAGACCAGAGUUCUCCAAAACCAGCUGAACUUUGUUCAAGAACCAGAGUGCUCAAGAAAGUGGGGAGCUACUUCCUCCCAUUCCACCUGUACUGAGACACUUUGUUAUGGUGAGUUCCUACCGUCUUAAUAAACUUUCCAGUGUCUGGAGAA